GGGGUUAAGUUCGGGGGACUAUUCCAGGAGGCUGGGUCAGGCACGCCCGGCUGGCAGGGCUUCGGACAGCCCGGCGCUGAGAGCAGGGGUUUCUGGGCUAUCGGUCUCCAGUUCGCCGACCCCAUCCCUCACUUAGUCCAACCCCUCCAGGACUGGCUCCGCUUUCCCACCUGGUUCCCCGACACCUGCUUCACUGAGGGCCGGCCUAGGCUCGUGCCCCGGCUUCAUCACAAUGCCCCGCCCCUUUGGGCAUCGGAGGGAGGAGCCGAGGGAGAAAACCGACGGGCGGGGCCGCGUAUUCUGUAACCUCCAAAUGCGGCGCACCGGGACUUGCCCAGGAUUGUGCCGUCACCAGAGACGCGGUGGUCGCUCUGCUGACAGCAGGCCCCCGAGAGCGAGCAGGUGCUAGUGCGCAAACGCAAGGAGCCGGCGCAGGCGCACGGGCGGUGGGUUGCGGUCCGUUUUUCCCGGAGUGCUCUGCGGCACUCGGCUCACUCUCGCCCGUUGGCUGGUGGGAAAGGGCCAAAAUGGCCGCGGCCGGCGCCGUAGCCAGUCGGCUGUUCCUGCUCUUGCUGGUGGCGGCCGCAGCCCCCAGUCGCGCCCGGGGCAGUGGUUGCCGAUCCGGGGCCGCUGUGCGAGGGGCCGGAGCAGAAGGUCGAGAGAGCGAGGGCUGUGGCACCGUUGGGCUGCUGCUGGAGCACUCAUUCGAGAUCGAUGACAGCGCCCACUUCCGGAAGCGGGGCUCCAUACUCUGGAACCAGCAGGACAACACCUUGUCCCUGUCACAGCGGCAGCUCAAUGAGGAGGAACGGGGCCGACUCCGGGAUGUGGCAGCCAUGAACGGCCUGUACCGUGUCCGGGUCCCGCGGCGGCCUGGGGUCCCUGAUGGCCCAGAAGCUGGCGGCUACGUCUCCUCCUUUGUCCCCGCGUGCUCCCUGGUGGAGUCGCACCUCUCGGAUCAGCUGACACUGCACGUGGAUGUGGCUGGCAACGUGGUGGGCGUGUCGGUGGUGACGCACCCGGGGGGCUGCCGGGGCCACGAGGUGGAGGACGUGGACCUGGAGCUGUUCAACACCUCUGUGCAGCUGCAGCCGCCGGUCACGGCCCCAGGCCCCGAGACGGCAGCCUUCAUUGAGCGCUUGGAGAUGGAGCAGGCCCAGAAGGCCAAGAACCCCCAGGAGCAGAAGUCCUUUUUUGCCAAAUAUUGGAUGUACAUCAUUCCCGUUGUCCUGUUCCUCAUGAUGUCCGGAGCACCGGAUGCCGGGGGCCAGGGGGGCGGCGGCAGCGGAGGGGGCGGCGGGGGCAGUGGCCGGUGAGGGGCCCGGGGCCGGCCAGCGCCCACCCGGCCUCUUUCACCCAGGGGCCUUCUCUCCUGCACAGGGGCCUGUGUCCUUGGUCACCCCAAGAAGGAGUCACUGGCCCUCCCCAGGAGCCCCUUCCCUGUGGGUCUCGUGUUCCCGUGGGGGGGGGGACAGCUGGAUUCCUGGCCCCGUGGCGCCCGCCCACCCUCGUGGCCCCACCGUAGCCCCGGAGGCCUCCCUUUGCCCGCAGGCGGGGGCCCCAGCUCCUGGGCCUCUCUGACCUCGACCCCUCCGCUCCCAGCCCUGCAGUCUGGGAACAGGCCGGCGCUCUCCAGCCUCCGUGCCUUUGUUCUUGCCCUGCCCGCCGGCCAGGCUUAAGGGCCCCCACUCAUCUGCCGCACUCCCCGAGCAGGCCUGGGCUGGCCAGGUGGCUCCGUGGCCCCUGUGGCCCCACCCAGCCCUGCUCCGCCCUUUUUCUGCCCAGGAUGCCAGACCUUCCAUGGGCUCCUGGGCUUGAGGAAAUGAUGUUUAAAAUUAGGACAAAAGAAACUAACCACAGGUAGUGUAGGGCAGGGCCCGGGGCUGUCGAUGGAGUCCCGCCCCCCCGGGGCCGUCCUCCCUGGGACGCUGGCACUGGGUGAGGGCGGCCGGGCCUUUGCUACUCAUUCCCCACACUUGUCUAUUUAAAAACAUUGGCAAGAAUAUAUUGAAAUACUUAGUGCCGAAGAGUUACGCUUUCCAGCAGCCACAUGCACCCGCCGACUUGGCUCACAGCGGCCCGACGCGUAUGGGUGCACGGGCGUCGCUGAGUUUCGAUGCACAUGAUGAAUUGCUCAGAAACCCCAAAACACGGCCUCUGUCGUUGUCGUGGCUGUGUGACGCUCUUGUGUCAUGUGGCAGCUUAUUAAACUGCUCCCCAAAUGCUCAACACUUAGCUCGUUCCCGUUUUAUGUGGUUAUAAAUAGGGCGGUGAGGCCAGCCUAUUUGGUGUGAGUUUGAAUUGCUUCCUGGGGACACGUGACUGAAAGUGAGAUCACUGGGCCGGCUCAGAAGCAUUUUUAGGAGCAGGCGAUGCAUGAGGCCAUGAGGCGUGUGGUGGAAAGUUGUGCCCCUUGUCACUUUUACGCCUUUAUUUUCUGCCCAGAGAGUGCACGGAGCACAAGCCGACAGAGCCACUGUGAAUCUCCCUGCUCUGUACCCAGAAGUGGGGGUCCUGCGAGCUGUGGCAGCUGGCCUCGCUGCUGCACAGCUUUCCUUGCCGCAGGCCAGAGUGGCCUCGUCCUCUGUGCCCCUAGGAAGGGCCUGGAGCCCAGCCAGCCAGGUGUGGCUGAGCUCAAACCCGGAACUGGAGUGGCCCGGGGCGGAGGGCCUGAGCCAGCAGGUUCCGCGUUGCUGAACUGCCUCCACAGGGCAAGCUCCAGUCCCCGUUUCCCGACGGUCUCGCUCAUGGCAGGGCUUCUCUCUCAGUGGGGAGAGGGGGCCCUGGCAGGUGUGGCUGCAGUGGCUUGAGCCAACGGGAGGGGCAGCAGUCAGGGCACACCCCUGGGUUGUGGGCGGGGUCCCGGAUUGGGGGUGUGCAAGAGGCAGUGGGUUGAUGUUUCUCUCCCUUUAUUUCUCCCUCCUCCCCUCCCCUUCUCUCUAAAAAAUAAAUUAAAAAAAAAAAACAAAAACGAGGCAGAGCCUACCUGCACCAUCCUGAACACCCGUUCGUAGCCUUUGCUCAAUGGAGGUGUUUAUGUUUUUGAAAUCCUCUUGUGAGUCCUCCGACCUCGCCAAGACCUCAACAGGCCCCCUGUUUUCUGAUGCCCUUGGACUUGGUCAGCUGCGGCCCUUCCCUUGGCCCCAUCUCUUCCUGCAGGCAGCCCUGCAGAGGGGCCCACAGAUUUAUGUUUCUUCUGCGUGCAUUGUGCUACACGCCGGUCAGCGCUGCGGUUAUGUCAGCAGAUUUUUGGAGCUUUGUACAUAAAAUGGCAGUGUCAGGGCUCUAACUUGCAUUUCUUUCAUGUGACCCCUACCCGGGACCUGGCCUGCAACCCAGGCAUAUGCCCUGACUGGGACUCGAACCUGCGACCCUUUGGUUCACAGGCCAGUGCUCAAUGCACUGAGCCACACCAGCCAGGGCUUUAACUUGCAUUUCUUUCUCCACCUGCUGGAGACCAAGCGUGAGCACGUUUUUUCCUGUCUGCUCCACAUGAAUUCUGUUGCUUUUUCCUAGAUGAUCCACGCCCCCAACCAGCCAAGCUUUCUUGGACAGAGUUUCUGACUCGGAGUUUUUAACCCUUUGUGUGACUUGUGGUGCAAUUUCCCCACCGCCUGCAGUCAUUCUCCGACCAUUUUGUUAGUUUUUAAUGGGUUGCAAUGUAAGAUCUUGAUCUGAUGACAUCCUUUUCCGCUAAGACUUUUUUGAUCCCUCUCAUGCUGGCACAGUUAUUUUGUAGUACAUUGUAGUCAUCGUGGGAGCUGGUUCCGGCUCCCCCGGGCUCUGUCCUUAUUAAACUUCUCUUCCAGUGCUUGCCUGUC